AUGCCUCAACCACCCAAUGCGCCAGCAACGGCCGGCGCUCGCCCGCCUGGCCAGCCGCAGGAACAAGGCGGCAUGGGCUUGAUGCAGAAGCUGCUGCUUGGUGGCUCCAUGUACUUCGGCAUGAACAUGCUCAUGAACAAUUUCUUCCAGAAGACCCAGACCGGUACCCAGGUUAAGGACGCCGACGGCAACGUCGUCAGCGUCCCCGCCAACACCGAGGACAUCCCGCCGUAUCUGCUCCGCCCCAAGGCCCUGGAUGAGGGUGCCACAUACAACCAGAUUCCCCGCAAGCUUGCGCCCAUAUGGCCCAUGGACAGCUACGUCGACAUCACCGUCACGCUGUCCGACACAUUCGUCCCGACCCCGCUGUCGCAGACGCCACAGGACAAGGUGGUGCUGAAGGAGGAGAAGUUCAAGAUUGGCAACUACAGCGAGAAGCGCUCCGUCGACACCACCAUUGAAAUCCCCCCCUCUGUCCAAAACAACGGUACUCUCUGGGGCCACUUCUACGUCUCGUUGCCCGGAAGCCAGCCCGACCCCCACGUCGACACGUACGACCCUGCCUCUGCCUACUACUUUGCCUUCCCCCUUACCCAGUACAUCCCCAAGAAGAAGGAGUUCAAGACCAGGUCUCUUUUGGAGGGAAAGGCCGAGGAGGACACGGAAGAGGUCGCCGAGGAGCAGCAGGAAACCGGUCCCGUCAUCGCCAGCUACUACCACCCGAACGCCAGCUUCUCCAUCAUCCCCAACACGGGAGUGCUCGACUACCACCCUAUCCUGUUCGUCAACACCUUUUGGCAACUCAAGAGUCAGAUGAUCCUGCUCAACGACACCGUCACGUCGGUCCCGCUGCACAUUGACCUGAACAACAUGCGCUCGUGGCAGUUCAACACGCUUGCCGCCAUCGAGGCGAGUGCCAAGGAGUCAGCGCGCCAGGCUGCGUACGGCGGGUCGCUGCCCGGUGGUGGCGAUGGGUCUGAGAUUGAGAUGGUCAAGGAGAUCUUUGGCGACACGAACCCCAUCCUCCUGGGUGUAACGGUCAUUGUCAGCAUCGCCCACAUGAUCCUAGAGACGCUCGCUUUCGGAUCCGAUAUUGCGCACUACCGCAAGAAGAAGGACAACGUCGGCAUCUCGGUCCGGUCCAUCCUGGCCAACGUCUUCAUGCAGGCUGUCAUCCUGCUCUACCUCAUUGACAACUCGCAAAACACCAGCUGGAUGAUUCUGGGCGGCCAGGCCGUCGGCAUUGUCAUCGAGCUCUGGAAGAUCACGACGAUUGUCAACGUUUCGCUCAAGCCAGCGCCGCCUGGCUCGUGGCUGCCAUAUGUGAUCGCCGUCGAGGACAAGCACAAGCUCAGCGAGACGGAGGAGAAGACCAAGGAGUACGACGAGAUUGCCUUCAAGUACAUGUACAUGGCGGGCGUGCCCCUGCUCAUCGGCUAUGCCAUCUACUCGCUGGUUUACGACACGCACAAGUCGUGGUACUCAUACAUCAUCACGACGCUCGUCGGCUCUGUUUACGCGUACGGGUUCCUCAUGAUGGUCCCUUCGCUGUACAUCAACUACAGGCUCAAGAGUGUUGCGCACAUGCCCGCCAAGGCCAUGAUGUACAAGUUCCUGAACACUUUCAUCGACGACCUGUUUGCGUUCACGAUCAAGAUGCCCUUCCUCCACAGGCUGUCUACGUUCCGUGACGACAUCAUUUUCUUCAUUUACAUCUACCAGCGCUGGGCCUACAGGAUCGACUACACCCGCGUCAACGAGUUCGGCCAGGGUGGCGAGGACGAGGAGGAGGAAGCAGAUGCAUCCAAGGCCAAGGCCAAGGAGCUGCUCGAGAGCGAACCCGCCGCAGAGAAGAUUAAGAGCGCUGCGGGCAAGGCCACGGGCGCUGACACUGGCAAGGCCAAGAAGAGAAAGUAG